AUGGAUCCUUUUGGAUGUACUAAAUUUGAGCGUAAGCUUGAAGAUGACGAAGUUUGUGGGAAUAAAGAAGAAUUAGGUUCCCAUGCAAAUGACCCUAUUCAAAGUUUAACCAAGAAUGAUGUUCUUGAAUUGCAAUUCAAUUCAGAAGAGGAUGCCAAUGAUUUCUAUAAUCAAUAUGCUAAAGUUGUGGGAUUUAGCAUUAGGAAAGACACGCGAACAAUGCAGGCAACAAAGGUUCUUAGUAGAAAAUGGGUAUGCUCAAGGCAAGGCCAAAGAGCAGAGCAACACUUGGCCCAUAUUGAUCGAAAAAGAGCUGCCAGGGCAUUGACUAGAGUUGGUUGUGAUGCUCAUUUCCGCAUAAGGUACAAUCUGGAUGUAGGCAAAUACAUUGUCACUCACUUUAAAAUGGAACAUAACCAUCCAUUGGCAACAUCACCAUGUGUGCCAUUUCUUCAGUCACAUAGGUUUGUAAAGAUCCCCGACAAAGCUCAAGUAAAGACUUUGCACGAUGUUGGUGUCAAGACAAGCCAGAUAAUGGAUUUGUUGGUGCAACAAUCCGGGUCUUUCGCGAAUGUGGGCUUUAUUCACAAGGAUUUGCACAAUUAUAUUCAAGCCGAGCGCAAAGUAGAAAUGAAGGAUGGUGAUGCGGAGUGUGCUUUGGCUUACUUACGUGCAAAAGCUGAUGCUGAUCCUUACUUCUUUUACAAGUAUGACAAGGAUCAAGAGAAUCGACUUGAAAAAUUGUUUUGGGCAAAUUCAAGGUCUCGCCUAGACUAUGCUGCAUUUGGUGACGUGUUGGUCUUCGAUACAACUUAUAGAAUGAAUGCAUAUAACAAACCUUUUGUUAUUUUCGCCGGGGUCAAUAACCAUUUUGAAACCACCAUAUUUGUAUGCAGCUUGCUUGUUGAUGAGACAAUUGCAACAUACACAUGGGUUUUGCAAAAGUUGUUAGAGGCCAUGGAUAACAAAAGACCGGUGUCAGUGUUGACAGAUGGGGAUAUGGCCAUGCGUGAGGCAAUACAAAAAGUCUUCCCGAGUGCCAAGCAUUGUCUAUGUAAUUGGCAUAUGCACAGAAAUGCCAUGCGAAAUGUUCGAGUCGAUGGAUUCGAGGGACAUUUCAAGCAUCUCAUGGAUCUUGAUGCGAAUGAGGUUGUAUUUGAGGAAGCUUGGAGUAAGAUAGUAAGAAAAUAUGGCCUUCAAAAUAACAAGUGGGUAUCAGACACCUACAACAACAAAGGCAUGUGGGCUCAGUCAUAG